GGUCCCGCCCCGGCGGCCCCGCCAGCCCGGCGGCGCCCGCGCCGCGCAUCCGGGGUUGCGGCGCGAACUACCGCUGGAACUACCGCUGGAGCAUCCGGGCCGAAGCGGGAAGUACCGCUGGAGCGGCGGGAAGUACCGCUCCCCGCUGGAGCAUCCGGGGGCGCAGCGGGAACUGCCGCUCCCGGGGACCCCGGCGCCCGGUGGGGCGCAGCAUGGAGAGCCCCGCGGUGACCUUCACGCUGGCCUACCUGGUGUUCGCCGUGUGCUUCGUGUUCCCGCCCGACGAGGUGCGCUCGGCGGGGCUGACGGUGCAGAGCCUGCUGUCCGCCUGGCUGGGCAGCGAGGACGCGGCCUUCGUGCAGUACCACCUGCGGCGCAGCACCGGCACGCUGCUGGCGCACUCCCUGCUGCCCCUGGGUUAUUAUCUUGGUAUGUGCUUUGCUGCACCUGAAAAACAUCUUUGCUUUUUCUACCUGGCUUCAAAAGAAUGGAAAACUUUCUUCUUCUUCGCAGUUCUCCUCCCAGCAAUCACUAGUGCCCUGGCAUAUUACUGGUCACGGAAGGGUUGGAAUAAUCAUCCACUAGCCCGGACACUUGCUGUUCAUGCUCUCCCGCAGUCGGGUUGGAGGGCAGUAGCUUCUUCCAUCAACACAGAAUUCAGGAGAAUCGACAAAUUCGCUACUGGAGCGCCAGGAGCAAGGGUGAUCGUUACAGACACGUGGGUGAUUAAAGUGACCACCUACUGUUUACAUGUUGCCCAGCAGCAGGACAUUCACUUGACGGUGACAGACUCCAGACAGCAUGAACUCACCCCAGACUCCAACGUGCCUGUGCAGUUCCUCACCAUCCGAGUUGCCAGUGUUAAUCCCUAUGUGAAGGCAUUCAAUAUCCGGUUGAACUCCACAGAGUAUGGGGAGCUCCGGGAGAAGCUCCGUGCUCCUAUCAGCAAUGCAGCUAAUGUUGUGAUCCAUCAAAGCCUUAGUGAUUUAUUUUUAGAAACCUUUACAUCUCUGGUGGAAAUAAACCAGACAUACCAUGUUCCAAGCACUCAGGAGCUGGAGCCAUGCAUAGGGUGUAUGCAGACUAUUGCUAACAUCAAGCUCAUCAAGAACUGCCAGGAGCCAAACGAGGGGGAAUGCCAGCAGUGCUACUGCCGGCCCAUGUGGUGCCUCACCUGCAUGGGCAAGUGGUUUGCCAGCAGACAGGACCAGCAGCACCCAGAGACCUGGCUGUCAAGCCAAGUGCCUUGCCCGACUUGCCGAGCCAAAUUUUGCAUUCUAGAUGUUUGCCUAAUACGAUGAGUAGUACUUGGGUACUUUUUCAGUUUGACUGAGUUUCAUAGUGGGUUUGGUUAAAGGCCUACUACAUCUGUUUCUGAGACUUCACGUUCUACCAGGGUACAGACUCUAAGGGUUUCUUUUACAGUGUUGAAAACAGAUGUAAAUCUUUUCAGUCCUUUUCCACUUUUACCUGUGGAUUUUACUCACCUGAUGUUAGCUUCUGGGUUUUAAUUUUGUUUAAACUCCUAUUUUCUUUUCUUACAUUUUGGAUGGAAUAAGGUUAUCCUUCUAUAUUUGCAGUACUGUUGUCUUUUCAGGUUUUACCGUAGGUUAAAUUCUUUACAUUUUUAAAUUUAACGUGGGUUUUGAUUCUUUAAUAAAGGGCUAACUGAGAAAA